AUGGCGUCCGAAGACGAUGAGUUGCUCAAUGAGAUCAUGCAACUGCUGACGGAGGAUAUCAUCAACCGGACAAAGCUUCUUGAUAACGACAUUAAGGUGAUGCGCCUGGAGCUGCAGCGGUUGACCCACGAGAAGACAGUGAUGCUUGAGCGCAUCAAGGACAAUCAAGAGAAGAUUGCCAACAACAAGCAGUUACCCUUCCUUGUUGGUAACGUUGUUGAGUUGUUGGACCUUGACGUCGACAAGGAACUGACGGAACAGGGCGCCAAUGUCGACCUCGACGCCACCCGCACCGGCAAGCUGGCGGUGAUCAAGACGCUGACGCGGCAAACCAUCUUCUUGCCGAUGAUUGGUCUUGUAGACCCUACAAAGCUCAAACCUAACGAUUUGAUUGGGUUGAACAAGGAUCUGUAUUUGAUCCUCGACACAUUGCCUCUGGAGUACGACUCGCGAGUCAAGGCGAUGGAGGUGGACGAGAAGCCUACCGAAGACUACAGCGACAUUGGGGGUUUGGACAAACAGAUCGAAGAGUUGAUUGAGGCGGUGGUAUUGCCAAUGCAACAAGCAGACAAAUUCAAGAACUUGGGGGUAAAGCCUCCGAAGGGGGCCCUUAUGUACGGGCCUCCGGGUACAGGGAAGACGUUGUUGGCCAGAGCAUGUGCGGCUCAGUCAGGGGCUACUUUCCUCAAACUUGCUGCUCCUCAAUUGGUGCAAAUGUUCAUUGGUGAUGGGGCUAAGCUUGUGCGGGACGCGUUCGCUUUGGCCAAAGAGAAGGCACCCACGAUUAUUUUCAUCGAUGAAUUAGAUGCCAUUGGUACUAAAAGAUUCGACUCGGAUAAGCUGGGUGAUCGUGAAGUGCAAAGAACUAUGUUGGAACUUUUGAACCAGUUGGACGGGUUCGGCUCUGAUGACCGGGUAAAGGUGUUGGCGGCGACGAACAGAGUCGAUACUUUGGACCCCGCUUUGCUUCGACUGGGUCGUCUUGACCGUAAGAUCGAGUUCCCGUUGCCUCUGGAAGAAGCGAGAGAGCUGGUACUCAAAAUUCAUGCCCGUAAGUUGAACUGCGACAACAACCUGGUUAACUGGAGAGAGUUGGCGCGACUGACCGAUGAAUUCAACGGUGCGCAGCUUAAGGCUGUUACCGUUGAAGCCGGUAUGAUUGCUUUGCGUAAUGGCAAGCUGAUCAUCAAGCACGAAGACUUCGUCGAAGCCAUUGCCGAAGUGCAAGCCCGUAAGAGCAAGAGUGUAAACUUCUACGCUUAG